AUGGAAGCUGAACCCUCACAAGAGUGGAAAGGUGACAGUCCACGAGAGGUGACAGCUCAGGAAGGUUCCUGUGUACAGAUUCCAUGUCAUUACAGUUAUCCAUCGUGUCUGGAAAACCAACCACGAGGUGGAGUCUGGUUUAAUAAUGAGGAACAGAUUCCCUCGGAUCCCAUAGCCUUUCACUCCAAGGAUCACAAUCACGAGUUGCCACGGUUCCACCAUCGGACCCGGCUGUCUGGAGACCUGAAAGAUGGCGACUGUUCCCUGAUUAUAAACAACAUCAGACGGGAAGAUGCAGGACCUUAUUUUUUCAGAAUAGAAUUUGACAAUGGUCUGAGCCAUAACUAUUACCCUGUAAACCAGCUUCACGUUUCUGAUUUCACAGAUAAACCCACGAUAUUCCCUGCUGAAAUUAUUGCAGGAAAGCGUGUGGAUUUAAGCUGUACCUUCAACACAAUGUGCAAUGGAACAGCAGCACCUGUCUUAACCUGGGACGCUCCCACUGACGUACCUGGAUCAGUCUCAAACACUGUAACUCAGCAUGGUGUCACUCUGACCUAUACUUCUGUUCUGACCCUGAUCCCAUCACUCAAACACCACGGACACACUCUCAGCUGCAGAGUGAGUUAUCCAUCUGUUUCAUCGGAGCGGACCCUCGUACUAACUGUGCAAGACAGUGGAGGAGAGAUUCUGCACGUGAUCCUGAUCCUGGGAAUACGAGCUGUGAUAUUCCUUGUGGCUGUGGUUAUCACUAUCGCUGGAGUCUGUGUCUGGGAGGGACAAACAGGGAAAGGAAAUCGACAGCCUGUUUAAAGCUUUGUGCAGCAACAAUCUCAUCAUGGAAAAGAAGGACGACAUUUGGCCCAUUGAGUCUAUGCUGUCUCUCUGUAAAGCAAUCCAGUCAGUCCCAUUCCCCCACUCUA